AUGCCCGCCAGCGCCCCGCCGCGCCGCCCGCGGCCGCCGCCGCCGUCGCUGUCGCUGCUGCUGGUGCUGCUGGCCCUGGGCGGCCGCCGCCUGCGCGCGGAGCCGGGCGACGGCGCGCAGACCUGGGCCCGUUUCGCGCGGCCUCCCGCCCCCGAGGCCGCGGGCCUCUUCCAGGGCACCUUCCCCGACGGCUUCCUCUGGGCCGCAGGCAGCGCCGCCUACCAGACCGAGGGCGGCUGGCAGCAGCACGGCAAGGGUGCGUCCAUCUGGGACACCUUCACCCACCACCCCCUGGCACCCCCGGGAGACUCCCGGAACGCCAAUCUGCCGUCGGGCGCCCAGUCGCCGCUGCAGCCCGCCACCGGGGACGUGGCCAGCGACAGCUACAACAACGUCUUCCGCGACACGGAGGCGCUGCGCGAGCUCGGGGUCACCCACUACCGCUUCUCCAUCUCGUGGGCGCGGGUGCUCCCCAAUGGCAGCGCGGGCGUCCCCAACCGCGAGGGGCUGCGCUACUACCGGCGCCUGCUGGAGCGGCUGCGGGAGCUGGGCGUGCAGCCGGUGGUCACCCUGUACCACUGGGACCUGCCCCAGCGCCUGCAGGACGCCUACGGCGGCUGGGCCAACCGCGCCCUGGCCGACCACUUCAGGGAUUACGCGGAGCUCUGCUUCCGCCACUUCGGCGGUCAGGUCAAGUACUGGAUCACCAUCGACAACCCCUACGUGGUGGCCUGGCACGGCUACGCCACCGGGCGCCUGGCCCCCGGCAUCCGGGGCAGCCCGCGGCUCGGGUACCUGGUGGCGCACAACCUCCUCCUGGCUCAUGCCAAAGUCUGGCAUCUCUACAAUACUUCUUUCCGUCCCACUCAGGGAGGUCAGGUGUCCAUUGCCCUAAGCUCUCACUGGAUCAGUCCUCGAAGAAUGACUGACCACAGCAUCAAAGAAUGUCAAAAAUCUCUGGACUUUGUACUAGGCUGGUUUGCCAAACCCGUAUUUAUUGAUGGUGACUAUCCCGAGAGCAUGAAGAAUAACCUUUCAUCUAUUCUGCCUGAUUUUACUGAAUCUGAGAAAAAGUUCAUCAAAGGAACUGCUGACUUUUUUGCCCUUUCCUUUGGACCCACCUUGAGUUUCCAACUUUUGGACCCUCACAUGAAAUUCCGCCAAUUGGAAUCUCCCAACCUGAGGCAGCUGCUUUCCUGGAUUGACCUUGAAUAUAACCAUCCUCAAAUAUUUAUUGUGGAAAAUGGCUGGUUUGUCUCAGGGACCACCAAGAGAGAUGAUGCCAAAUAUAUGUAUUACCUCAAAAAGUUCAUCAUGGAAACCUUAAAAGCCAUCAAGCUGGAUGGGGUGGAUGUCAUCGGGUACACCGCGUGGUCCCUCAUGGAUGGUUUCGAGUGGCACAGAGGUUACAGCAUCAGGCGUGGACUCUUCUAUGUUGACUUUCUAAGCCAGGACAAGACGUUGUUGCCAAAGUCUUCAGCCUUGUUCUACCAAAAGCUGAUAGAGAAAAAUGGCUUCCCUCCUUUACCUGAAAAUCAGCCCCUAGAAGGGACAUUUCCCUGUGACUUUGCUUGGGGAGUUGUUGACAACUACAUUCAAGUAGAUACCACUCUGUCUCAGUUUACCGACCUGAAUGUUUACCUGUGGGAUGUCUACCACAGUAAAAGGCUUAUUAAAGUGGAUGGGGUUGUGACCAAGAAGAGGAAACCCUACUGUGUUGACUUUGCUGCCAUCCAGCCCCAGAUCGCUUUACUGCAGGAAAUGCACGUCACACAUUUUCGCUUCUCCCUGGACUGGGCCCUGAUUGUCCCUCUGGGUAACCAGUCCCAGGUGAACCACACCAUCCUGCAGUACUAUCGCUGCAUGGCCAGCGAGCUUGUCCGUGUCAACAUCACCCCGGUGGUGGCCCUGUGGCAGCCUAUGGCCCCGAACCAAGGACUGCCACACCUCCUGGCCAGACAGGGCGCCUGGGAGAACCCCUACACUGCCCUGGCCUUUGCAGAGUAUGCCCGACUGUGCUUUCAAGAGCUCGGCCAUCACGUCAAGCUUUGGAUAACGAUGAAUGAGCCAUAUACAAGGAACAUGACAUACAGUGCCGGCCACAACCUUCUGAAGGCCCAUGCCCUGGCUUGGCAUGUGUACAAUGAAAAGUUUAGGCAUGCUCAGAAUGGGAAAAUAUCCAUAGCCUUGCAGGCUGAUUGGAUAGAACCUGCCUGCCCUUUCUCCCAAAAGGACAAAGAGGUGGCCGAGAGAGUUUUGGAAUUUGACAUUGGCUGGCUGGCUGAGCCCAUUUUCGGCUCUGGAGAUUAUCCAUGGGUGAUGAGGGACUGGCUGAACCAAAGAAACAAUUUUCUUCUUCCUUAUUUCACUGAAGAUGAAAAAAAGCUAAUCCAGGGUACCUUUGACUUUUUGGCUUUAAGCCAUUAUACCACCAUCCUUGUGGACUCGGAAAAAGAAGAUCCAAUAAAAUACAAUGAUUACCUGGAAGUGCAGGAAAUGACCGACAUCACGUGGCUCAACUCCCCCAGUCAGGUGGCGAUAGUGCCCUGGGGGUUGCGCAAAGUGCUCAAUUGGCUGAAGUUCAAGUACGGAGACCUCCCAAUGUACAUAAUAUCCAACGGAAUCGAUGACGGGCUGCAUGCUGAGGACGACCAGCUGAGGGUGUAUUAUAUGCAGAAUUACAUAAACGAAGCUCUCAAAGCCCACAUACUGGAUGGUAUCAAUCUUUGCGGAUACUUUGCUUAUUCGUUUAACGAUCGCACAGCGCCGAGGUUUGGCCUCUAUCAUUAUGCUGCAGAUCAGUUUGAGCCCAAGGCAUCCAUGAAACAUUACAGGAAAAUUAUUGACAGCAAUGGUUUCCUGGGCCCAGAAACUCUGGAAAGAGUUUGUCCAGAAGAAUUCACCAUGUGUACUGAGUGCAGUUUUUUUCACACCCGAAAGUCUUUACUGGCUUUCAUAGCUUUCCUAUUUUUUGCUUUUAUUAUUUCUCUCUCCCUUAUAUUUUACUACUCGAAGAAAGGCAGAAGAAGUUACAAAUAGUCCUGAACAUUUUCCUAUUCAUUCAUUUUGAAAUAAUUAUGCAGACACAUCAGCUGUUAACCAUUUGCACCUCUAAGUGCUGUGAAACUGUAAAUUUCAUACAUCUGACUUCUAGAAAACGUUUUUGUGGCUAAUGACAGAGGUUUUGAAAUGGGCAUAGGUGAUCGUAAAAUAUCGAAUAAUGUGAGUAGUGUCAGAAUUUGUUCUCUUUUUGGGUGAUUAAAAAACUGACAGGCACUAUAAUUUCUGUAACACACUAACGAAAGCAUGAAAAAUAGGAAGCACACCAGUGCAACAUUUGUGCAGAAAUUUGAAUGACAAGAUUAGGAGUAUUUUCAUCUGCACCCACUUCUAAAUUUAAUGUUUUU